AUACAAGUUAUCCCGAUGGCGAAACCUUUCAAAAGGUGCCCUAGAUUGUCAUAUCUUUAUCAGAUGAACAAGUGUGGUCUAGCCUCCUCCAUCCCACGCAGUCCAAAAUUGCCCCACCAACAACCCUGACGCGAGCAAUGAAUUACCGCUAACAAACCCUUUUUUCCCCCAGAAUUUCCCCCUAACCCUAACUUGAGUCUUUACCUUCCUCUUCCCUCUCUUCCCUCUCUUUCUUUUCUUUCCUUCUUUCUUUCUCUUGGACUGGUAUACCGGUAUCCCUUGCUCAAUCAAAUUCCUUUUCUCUCCCACCUCCGAUUGAUUGCAAGUAACUGUCUUUCUCUCCUUACGGUUCCUCUACAAUGUCCUCUACGGCAGCAAACCCUAAAAUCCUUGACUUCUCGACCGCUCUUAGCGUUGUAGAGAAGGAAUAUGAGAGAGAUGGCUUAGGUGUCCGUUCUCUCCUUGAUACUUCCAAGCGUGGAGGUUUAACGUGAGUUUCGUGUUCCCCCUUGCACCCCCGUUGCCUCCGUCUGCCGGGUCGAUCCGCCCUGAUCCGAUGUCCUCCCGUGAGGAUAGGUACAACGACUUUCUUAUCCUUCCGGGCUAUAUUGGAUUUCCGGCAUCCGAUGUGACCCUCGAUUCAAAAAUCACUAAGCGGAUUUCGCUCAAGCUCCCGUUGGUUUCUUCUCCAAUGGACACUGUGACUGAGGAACAGAUGGCUAUUUUCAUGGCACUUCUCGGUGGCGUCGGUGUCAUUCACCACAAUUGCACUGCUGAAGACCAAGCCGAAAUGGUGAGAAAGGUCAAAAAGUACGAGAACGGGUUUAUCUUGGAUCCUGUUGUUAUGGGUCCAAAGAACACUGUCGGGGAUGUUAGAGCAGUCAAGGAGAAGCAAGGAUUUGCUGGAAUUCCUAUUACAGGUAAGGAGCCGAACUUUCUUAGUUAGCUGCUUUCGAACAGGCUCUAUAUGAUGAUUCGAAAUCUAUCAAACUUUCGUUCAACCGUAUCGACGUAAAUCUCGUGUGGAGAACUGAAAUUAUCUGAUAAUGGCCACGCAGUAUUUUUUGCUUUCAUCUAUCAACUUUUUAGCAUGCGGGAUUUAUUGCUAAUAGUAGGCCUUCUUUAGAGGACGGCUAUCUCUACUCGAAGCUUAUCGGUAUCGUCACUAUGCGAGACAUUCAAUUCCACAAGGACAACACUACCACUCUUUCGGCGGUCAUGACCACCGAGCUACUUACCGCGCCGGAAGGGAUUACCUUGUCCGAAGCCAAUGAAAUCCUUCGCUCUUCGAAGAAGGGAAAGCUCCCAAUCGUUGACAAGGCCGGUAAUCUUACCGCACUCCUCUCCCGAUCCGACCUGAUGAAGAACCUUCACUUUCCUCUCGCUUCCAAGCGCCCUUAUAGCAAGCAAUUGCUGUGCGCUGCCGCUAUCGGUACCCGUGAGGAUGACAAGGCUAGACUAAGAAAGCUUGUCGAGGCUGGCCUGGAUAUUGUAAUCUUGGAUAGCUCCCAGGGUAACAGCAUGUACCAGAUUUCUAUGGUCAAGUGGAUCAAGGGGGAGUUCCCCAAUGUUGAUGUCAUUGCCGGAAACGUUGUUACCAGAGAACAGGCUGCAAACCUGAUUGCUGCCGGCGCUGAUGGUCUUCGUAUUGGUAUGGGGUCUGGGUCGGCCUGCAUUACCCAGGAGGUCAUGGCAGUUGGGCGCCCUCAGGCGGCUGCUGUUUACAGCAUUUGUGAGUUUGCAAGCCGUUUUGGUGUUCCUUGUAUCGCAGACGGAGGCAUUCAGAACGUUGGCCAUAUAGUAAAAGGCCUUGCUCUUGGCGCCAACACUGUCAUGAUGGGCGGCCUCUUGGCUGGAACGACCGAGUCACCUGGCAAGUACUUCUUGAGCGCUGAGGGUAAGCUUGUCAAAGCCUACCGUGGGAUGGGUAGCAUUGAUGCGAUGGAGAGCACGAAGAGUGGGGAUAAUGCUGCUACUGGAAGGUAUUUCUCUGAGGGUGACAAGAUCCGGGUUGCUCAAGGAGUAAGGUACGUCAUGGAGUUUCUCUAUCGGUAAUGCCGGGUUAUAACAAACUGAAUAUAGUGGUUCUGUUUUGGAUCGCGGCUCGGUAACGAAGUUUGUCCCAUACCUUCAAGCUGGCCUUCAGCACUCUUUCCAAGAUAUUGGGGUUCGGAGUGUUUCUGAGCUUCAGCAAGCCGUCAAAGACGGCAUUGUACGCUUCGAAAUCAGAACUGUCUCUGCUCAGGCCGAAGGGAAUGUUCAUGGAUUGCAUGAUUUUAGCAAGAAGCUGUAUUCGUAGACUGUGUUUAUUAUGUUUUCCUAUAAUCACUUCAUUUGGGGUUUGCGGUGUAUCUCGGGUUGGGAUCAAAAGAACUCUUUUUUUUUUUUUUUUUUGUUUCGGGAGACGGAUGAGGGCUGAGCGUUACUCUCAAAGCUUGCGCGAACUAAGUGCUAGUGGGUCCCCUUGAAGUUUAUUUUUGCCGCGAUGGUAACCAAUUAUACUGUACACAGGAGCAUCUAGUCUCAUGUAACUGGACAAGCCAAGCCUCGUGUCUAGCUCGGAUCACUACUGGAACACUGGACCGCAUCUACAAAUAUAGUGAUUCGGCCUGGUGGUAUGUGUUUUCAACGACAUCCCGGUUCUGAGCGCAAUUGAGCUUAUUCGACCUAACCUCUUGCACUCUAACAAAUGCACCCAAGCCCACUCGUUUUUGCACAUUCAAGAAGGUCAACCGAUACUGCUGUUUUUGUUCCCCAUUGGUUUUAGGGUAUGAUACCUGUUUGUCAUCCCUCGCCUCGCCUCUGUUAUGACUCUAUUUCUUUGUAGAAAUGAAUAGAUAAAUAAUAGACAAAUAGUUAGGGGACUGGGCUGACAGUCCCUAGUCGUUAUAUAUCAUGGCUUCCAUCGUGCACCCUGCGUCCCUCAAUGCAUAUAGGGCGGUGUGGUUGGCGGUAGGUAGCGGGAUCCGCCGUAAUACAGAGGGAGAUAGGGGACAUUUUCGGGCCCAUUCUGUCAACUGGGAGACGGACGGUGUGGUACUCCAAGAAUCCCGCAUGGGUGAGCUUGUGAUUGGGAAAGUGAGGUUAUGUAAGUAGGGUCGAAGCUUCAUUUGGUUGUUUGUAUCAUGGAAAUCCAAUCUUUAGGAGUAC